UAAUGACAUUUGCUAACUCAACUCAUAUAACCUCAAAAAUCAAGCAUGGAUCAAAACGUGAUAAAAGUGGGUGAUUUUGUGAUAGUGCAACGUCAAGGAUACACAAAACUGCACAAAUUAAAGUCCCAUGGGACUCUCUCGCUCGGGAGUUUCACCGUCGAGAUGGAUAACAUUGUGGGGGAGAAAUUCGGGGCUACAUUCCAAAUGAAGAACUUUCCAGGGAAUCGGAAGCUUUAUACACUUGAAAAAGUUGAUGAAAUGCCCGGAAUUAAGUGUAUUAAUAUUGAGAAAAGCGGUCUCGAUAAUAGGAAUAUAACCGACGAUGGACAAUCCCAAAAUCUCACCACUGAAGACAUCUCAAAACUUAAAAGUGAGGCCCUUGACUCGAAUUCUAUCGUCGAAAAACUAGUAAAUAACUCGAAAACGUUCAAUUCAAAGACUGAAUACAGCCAGGAGAAAUACAUCAAGAAGAAAGAGAAAAAAUAUUUUGAGUAUGUCCAAAUUAGGCGCCCCACAAUUCGACUGUUGGCAACAAUGUUCUACCGACAAGACCCGACCAAAACCCUCGGAAUCCGAAUCGAUGAUUUAUCCCAAAUUAUGACUUAUUCAAAUAUACAGUCACAAGGUAUCCAUUUAUUAUACGAUAGUGGCACUUCGGGGCUCCUCCCUGCCGCUUUGCUCCACCAAUUAGGGGUCGAAAGCCCCGCCCAUCUGAUCCACCUACACCCCGGAAACGAAUGUCAGAAAAGCGCCCUUGUUGCUAUGAACUUCCCCCCGGAACAACUCAAUCGUUGCAUCAACGUCAAUCUAUAUUCAGUUUUGCGUUGUUAUUACCAACAAAAAGACACUUUUGGUGAACCCCCUGAUAGUAAAAAAAUGAAAAUCGACGAAGAGGCGGAGCCGAAGAAACCCAAUUGGCAGAAGGAGAACGAGAGGGCGUGUCAAUUACUCAACAAGGGAGCGGAUUCGCUCAUUAUCGUCUCCAAGGAACACCCAGUCUCUCUCGUGUCCCAAUUGGCCAAGUUUCUGACCGGUGGGCGUUACCUUAUCGUUUUUAACCAAUCACGCGAACCCCUUCAAGACUUAUACGUGCAUCUUAAGGAGAAACUCGAUUUUAUUUGUAUCAAAAUCGUGACUAACUUCAUGCGUAAUUAUCAAGUUUUGACCAAUAGGACACAUCCGGAAGUAAAUAUGACAUCCGGUGGUUACAUUUUAACCGCUUUUAAAUUAAAAUAAGCGACUCACCUGUGUGAAAAAUUGUUGUAACAUUAUUUUAUUCGUGGGCGGGAUUAAGUACUCGAGAAAUUCUUGUAAAUAUUCGUAUUGUUUGGCGAGGAAAAUGACACUUUCCACGCCCACGAUACGUUCAGCCAAUCCGUGUAAGUGUUCGCGUUUAGUGAGGUCCACCAUUGGUGAGAGGGCGGGUUUUAGGAUUUUGGGCGUGUUUUCAUUGGGCGGCUCCUCUAAUUCGGUGACUAAAUUGUCGGCGAUCUUUUUCAAGGUCAGGGUGAGCUCGGGCGAGUAAAGAGAGUUGCUAGCGACGGUCUAAAAAGCAACAAAAAUAUAUUUUUAACAAAAUGUAAAAAAAUUGAAUUAUUUUCUACUGUAAUUAGAAAUUUUAAUUUUCUGAAACAUGAAAUAAAUAAUAUUGUUAGGUUUAUACGUUUUUUGUUUUUUUUAAUGCAGAAAAUUGUAAUGUUAAAUUUUCUAUACUUCAAAUAUCUUUUCUUACAGUAAAACUAGAUGUAUUUUUAAGUCAUAAAUCUUUUGUGAAUAAACCUCAAAUUCUAAUUUUAUUAGAAAAUAAAAUAAAAAACUUGUGUUUAAUAAUAAAAGUUGGAAAACCUAUUUUUUGUAGGACUUGUAAUUACAGGAAACUGUAAUCACAAAAUUCAAUUUUGUUUUUUCACUACUUUGACUGUAAAACAUCAAAAAAAAAAAAUCUUUCAAGGAUGAUUUUACUCCAAUUGCGGUAAUUCCAAAGUGAAUUUAAGAGAUUUUUGAAUUACAGGAAACUGUUUUACCAAAUAUUGACACGUUUUUUAUUACGAUUUAAUUAAUAAAAUUAAGAAAUCGCGGUAAAUAUUUUU